AUGUUGCCGAGGGUUUGCAACGUGAGACCGAGCAGAUUUUUGUCUCGAAGUGAUGCAAGGCUGGCUGCUGAGAGAGGUGUUUCAUGCGCGCAGCAUCGCCUGCCAGGAUCGGGUCGGGGGUUGGUUCUGAGUUGGAAAAAGUGGUCUGUCUCGUUCCCUGAAGGGAUUUCGUUUGCUCGUCUAGUUAAUCAGUUGCGUGUACGUAUCGAGUAUUUAUUAGACCGUCGGACUGAUCAGAGCUGCUGUAUCGGCAGGGGCUUUUUGACUCCGGCUAUGUUCUGCUUCUGUUAUACGGAUGCAAACAAGAACAGUUCAAGGAGUCUUCUUUCACACAAAGCAGGGCGCUGCCAUCAAUUUAGGCUUCUCCUCCAAUGCAUUGCAGGGCCUGCCCACUGGAAGGAGGUUUUUCCUGUCGCUAAUGGAGACCGUCAGUCACCCAUCGACAUCAAAACUGAGGAAACCAAGUAUGAUCCCUCUCUCCGUCCUCUAAAUCCCAGUUACGAUCCGGCUUCUGCUAAAAUCAUCCUUAACAACGGGCACUCCACCAGUGUUGAAUUUGAUGAUACCGUCAACAAAUCAGUGCUGACCGGGGGGCCGCUCAGCGGGACCUACAGGCUGCGUCAGAUUCACUUCCAUUGGGGCUCCAACGACGAUGCCGGCUCCGAGCACGCGGUGGAUGGGAUGAAGUACGCGGCAGAGCUUCAUGUGGUCCACUGGAACUCAGAAAAGUAUUCCAGUUUUGUUGAGGCAGCUCGUCAGUCAGAUGGAUUGGCAGUCAUGGCUGUAUUUCUGAAGAUUGGUGAAUGCAACCCUCAGCUGAAGAAGAUUACUGACCGCUUGGACACCAUCAGAAUCAAGGGUAAAAGAGCACUAUUCACAAACUUCGAUCCUAGCUGUCUGCUUCCCAAAUCCCUGGACUACUGGACUUACUUUGGUUCUCUCACUGUUCCACCUCUUCUUGAAAGUGUUAUCUGGAUUGUUCUGAGAGAACCCAUAAGUGUUUGUUCUGAACAGCUAGCCAAAUUCCGCAGCCUCCUGAGCACUGCUGAGGAUGAGGUCGCCUGCUGCUUGCUGAGAAACUACCGGCCUCCCCAGCCUUUAAAGGGACGAGAAGUCAGAAGGAAUUAA